AGGUAUGGGACCAAAACAGUGAAGGUAAAUGGAUUUUAAGCUAAAGUUGGAAGGCUCACAGUGGUUCAGUAUGGAAAGUAACAUGGGCACAUCCAGAAGUUGGCCAAGUAUUAGCAACAUGUUCUUUUGACAGAACUGCUGCUAUAUGGGAGCAGAUUGGGAAUAUAGAAAUGAAGAAACCUUACAAACGAGACUUACGAAGUUAGAUGUACAAACGGUAGCACAAUUCGACGACCACAGCAGUCUUGUAUGGAGAGUUUGCUGGAACCUCACGGGGACAGUAUUGUCAUGAAGUGGAGAUGACGGCUUGGACAGAUUAUUCAAAAUCUGUUAUUUUUUUACCAUACGACGUGUGCAUUCUUUAUCUGGCGCUGCGAACAGGAUCGUUAUACGCCUUCGUGGAAAACAUCUGGAAGUUUGUGCGAGCCCAGCCAACCAUCAGUAAAAUCUUCGAGAUUCAUCAGAGCUCUACCAGUCCAAUGCCUACCAAUUCGAGCGCUACUGAUGAACCCUCUGCUCAAAGCACCUCCGGUAAUCAAACUGCCGCUAGGAAAUUCAAGAUUAAUCGAAAAUCAAUUAAAAAGUUAUUUUCUUCUGUAAAGGUUUGCAAGGCACUUUUGAGCACAAUACUAUCAAUAUCCAAGAAAGCAUACCCAUUAAGAAAUAUUUGCUUUUUACUCCUUUUUUUUCGAUACAGCUCUGUUAUUUUUCCUAUAAAGAUUAGAAUUAUAUCGAGGUACAGACACAUUUUGUUCAAUACUUGUAACCACUCUGCCCAGUGGCGGUAUUAA